CUCUCCGAGCCAGCUUGCAGGAGCCUGCGGGGAAGGGCACGGCAGCCGGCGCCUUGGGGCAGGAGGAGUCGCACAGGCGGGACCCGUAGCUGCAGCGCCGGCUGCGGCUGCGGCUGGGGCGGCCGGCCGGGAGGUGCCUGUCCGCGCGGGGUGGCACAGCCCGCCUGAGCGGUGGGGCGGUGACUGCGGGCAGCCCUCAGCAGUGCUUGCGGGGCGGCAUGGCGGGGCUGCAGGCCAGGCGGGGUCUGGGGCCCCGGCUGCUAGCGCUGUCCACGCUAGGCUUCUGCUUAAUGCUGCAAGUCAGUGCCAAGAGGCCCCCCAAGACGCCCCCUUGCCCGCCCAGCUGCUCCUGCACCAGGGACACCGCCUUCUGCGUGGACUCUAAGGCAGUGCCCAGAAACCUGCCCUCCGAGGUCAUCUCCCUGACGCUGGUGAAUGCUGCCUUCUCCGAGAUUCACGAUGGAGCAUUUUCCCACUUGCCGCUGCUGCAGUUCUUGUUACUCAACUCCAACAAGUUCACGCUGAUCGGAGACAAUGCCUUCACAGGACUGUCGCACCUGCAGUACCUCUUCAUUGAGAACAAUGACAUCUGGGCACUCUCAAAGUUUACCUUCAGAGGACUCAAAUCCCUGACACACCUCUCACUGGCCAACAAUAACUUGCAGACACUGCCUCGAGACAUCUUUCGGCCCCUGGACAUUCUGAGUGACUUAGACCUCCGGGGCAACUCACUCAACUGCGAUUGCAAAGUGAAGUGGCUGGUGGAGUGGCUGGCCCACACCAACACAACGGUGGCCCCCAUCUAUUGCACCAGCCCGCCCCGCUUCCAGGAGCACAAGGUGCAGGAUCUGCCACUGCGAGAGUUUGACUGCAUCACCACUGAUUUCGUGCUAUACCAGACCCUGUCCUUCCCAGCAGUGUCAGCUGAGCCCUUCCUUUACUCCAGCGACCUCUACCUGGCACUGGCCCAACCAGGUGCCAGCACCUGCACCAUCCUCAAGUGGGACUAUGUUGAACGGCAGCUGCGAGACUAUGAUAGAAUCCCAGCCCCCUCCGCGGUGCACUGCAAGCCCAUGGUGGUGGACAGCCAGCUGUACGUGGUUGUGGCACAGCUGUUUGGAGGCUCUUACAUUUACCACUGGGACCCCAAUACCACACGCUUCACCAAGCUGCAGGACAUCGACCCCCAGCGCGUGCGCAAGCCCAACGACCUUGAGGCCUUCCGCAUCGAUGGGGACUGGUACUUUGCUGUGGCUGACAGCUCCAAGGCCGGUGCCACCAGUCUCUACCGCUGGCACCAGAAUGGCUUCUACUCUCACCAGGCCCUGCACGCCUGGCACCGAGACACCGACCUUGAGUUUGUGGAUGGCGAGGGCAAGCCUCGGCUGAUAGUGUCCAGCAGUUCCCAGGCGCCGAUUAUCUACCAGUGGAGUCGCACCCAGAAGCAGUUUGUGGCCCAGAGUGAGGUGACCCAGGUGCCUGAUGCCCAGGCAGUGAAACAUUUUCGUGCUGGCCGUGACAGCUACCUGUGUCUCAGCCGAUACAUCGGGGACUCCAAGAUUCUGCGCUGGGAAGGGACUCGCUUCUCAGAAGUGCAGGCCCUGCCCUCGAGAGGCUCGCUGGCCUUGCAGCCCUUCCUGGUGGGCGGCCGCCGGUACCUGGCGCUGGGCAGUGACUUCUCCUUUACUCAGAUUUACCAGUGGGACGAGGGGAGGCAGAAAUUUGUGCGGUUCCAGGAGCUGGCUGUGCAGGCCCCUCGAGCUUUCUGCUACAUGCCUGCUGGGGAUGCCCAGCUGCUCCUGGCUCCCAGCUUCAAGGGACAGACACUCGUGUACCGACAUGUCGUGGUAGACCUCAGUGCCUAGAGGGGUGCCCAGGCCUUUGGCUUCCUCAGGGCAGCCUCCAGGAGCUGGUGGGUGAGCAGCUCCUGUGAAAACGUGUGAAGCUAACCCACACAUGCACCCUUGUACGCACACAUGCCCAGUGAGCCUGGGCACACACCAUGAGCAAGUCUGAGGGCCGUCAUCAUAGAUGUAAUCAGCACGAACA